AAACACGAAUGGGGGUGGUAAAUUGAAUUGGGUGAGAUGAGGGCGGCACAAUCCAUGAUGUUGAGAGCGUUGAGGAGUGGGCAGCGUCAGUUCUCGGUGGCGGUGACAAGGCCGUGGGAGGACAAAUGGCUUACUCUGCCUCCCGUCAGUGCGAGUUCGAGUGCGAGUGUGGAGCUGAAUCAACUCUCGUCCACUCCGACCACCGCACUCAAAUGGGUUGUUCGGUGCUGCCCCCACCUUCCCAGAGCUCUGGUGCACAAGCUUUUCCGUCUAAGACAGGUUCGAAUUCACCCUGCCACUGUUAUACAACAACAAACAUUCAAAAGGGUAAGGGUGGCAGCCAAGGACACCUUGAACACAGGAGACCGUAUCUUACUUCCUCAAUCUGUUAAAGUUAAACAAACGCCUACACAUUCUCAUCUCACUCCCCAACAAAUCAACUUUAUCCGUACUCUUGUUAUCUAUAAGGAUCCCGCCAUUCUCGUCCUCAACAAACCUCCAGGAAUGCCAGUGCAGGGUGGCAUUAAUAUCAAACGGAGUUUAGAUGCUGUAGCUGCUGCAUCUUUAAAUUAUGGUUACUCUCAACCCCCUCGUCUGGUGCAUAGACUAGACAGAGACUGUUCUGGCAUUCUGGUCAUGGGAAGGACACACACCAGUACAACAGUCCUGCAUUCCAUCUUCCGCGAGAAAACUUCCAGGGCGUCAGAUGAUAUUGGCAAAGAGAAGAGAAUACUACAAAGAAGGUACUGGGCACUGGUCCUUGGAUGUCCUAGACGUCCAAAGGGGUUGGUCACUGCUUCACUGGGUAAGGUGGUGGUUGACAAUGGGAGAUCUGAUCGAAUAACUAUCGUUGACAAUUCUACAUUAAUGUCAUCACAGCAUGCAAUUACAGAGUACCGAGUGAUUGCAUCAUCAUCACAAGGUUACACCUGGUUGGAGCUGACCCCUUUAACUGGUAGAAAACACCAGCUUCGAGUCCACUGUGCUGAGGUGUUAGGUACACCAAUAGUAGGAGACUACAAGUAUGGAUGGCAAGCUCACAGGAAGUGGGGACAUUUUGAUUUGCCUAAUGUGGAGGACUCACGUGAAGAACUUCUCAAUGAAGAAAAACUCCCCUUUGGCCUUAAUUUGAAUAAAGGGAGCAUCUCUGAGAAUCAUCCUCGUUUACAUCUUCAUUGCAAGCAAAUGGUCUUGCCUAAUAUAUCUCAAGCACUGCAGAAUGUGCAAUCAGCUUCCAGUUGUGAUCUUUCACUAGUUGAAGAGCUUGAGUUGGUAGCGGAUUUGCCUCCAUACAUGCAAAGAAGUUGGGAUGUCACAAAUUAUUGAGUUAAUGUCAUCAAAGGCAAUUUCUUCCGCUCGGAUUUGCCUCUGUACUUUACUUUUUCUAUAUAAAAAAUGAAUUAAAUAAAUUAUUAUUAAAUAUUCCAUAUAUUACUAUAGCUCUCAGUAUUACAUUUGUUAACGAUAUCGUUCCUGAUAUAUUGGAAACUAAAGGUUCAUGUGAUUUGUUUAUGGACUGUACUUUUUUUUAUGA